GCGCAGUGUGAAACACCGGACGCUAUAACAGGAAGAAGCUCCAGCGUAUCAACUACCAAAGUCGUCUGUUUAUCGAGCUUGGCAUGAAUAUAUUUGAGAGUAACUGGGGUAAAACCUUAAGCUUCUUCACUGUUUUUGUUGUGGCGCUCGCCGCUGUUUUUUACUAUCUUGAGAAUUCAGAGAUUGACGAGAUCCCGAGAAUGGAUCUGAACGCGAUGGAGGAGAAUUACCGGCAGAAGAACAGAACGUGCUUCAUUCUCGGCGCUUCAGGUGAGACUGGAAAGGCGCUACUGAAAGAGAUAGUGGAGCGCAACAUCUUCUCCAACAUCACUCUCAUUGGACGAAGGCAGUUAACCUUCGAGGAUAAAGCUUAUGAAAAUCUGGUGCAAAAGGUGGUUGAUUUUGAGAAGCUUGAUGAGUAUGCCGAGGCUUUUCAGGGCCAUGAUGUUGGAUACUGCUGUCUAGGAACAACCAAAGCCAAAGCAGGAGCUGAAGGGUUUGUGCGGGUGGAUCACGACUACGUACUCAAGUCUGCAGAACUUGCCAAAGCAGGAGGUUGCUCACAUUUUCAUCUCGAAUCCUCCAAAGGUGCAGACAAAACCAGCAGCUUUCUCUAUCUGAAAACAAAGGGACAGGUUGAAGCAGAAAUUGAAGAUCUAGGGUUUGAGCGUUUCUCCAUUUAUCGACCAGCGGUGCUGUUAGUGGACAGAGAGGAGAGCAGGCCAGCUGAGUGGGUGGCCCGGAAAUUUCUUUGUGCAUUCUCCUCUGUUUUUCCUACAAUGUCUAUUCCCAUCACAGCAGUGGCCAGAGCUAUGGUUGUCAACACGCUGAAAGAUGGAGAGCAGAAAGUGGAAAUCCUCGAAAACAAGGCCAUAUACAAUCUUGGGGAAAUUGGAGACAAAGAAUAAAAAAAAAAUACUUUUAUUCUCACACUUCUAUAAUUAAGUGCAAUCCUGGCAUGAUUCUUCAGCAAGAUAAGCCAAAAUAUUGUUUUACUGGCAUUGAAUUAUUAUCAUAUUAAGCAUUUUAAAAGCAUAUUCGAAAUAUAGUACUGCUUUACACUAAUUUAAGGGUGAUAUGUACUGUGUUUCUGUAUGCUUGAUUUUGGAUUCUGGUGCUUUUUUUGUUAUGUCAUUUUAUAUUGCU